AUGUCGCGCGUGUGUUCUUCUUUCACCGCACAUUCGCGCAGGUCGUUAAAAGAAAAACAACAGCUCCCCCAACGCAAUUCUGGUUUAAGACCACCGACUGCGCAACGAAGCAGGUGCACAACGGAAAGAAGAAGAAGAAGAAGAAGAAGCAACGCCAAUAUCUCAAUAAUAGUGACUUCUUCGUCCAAGGGAGAUCGGAACGCGCAUGCAAUCAGACCAGACACGGAUUGGCCUCCGAACGACGUAUCUUCUGAUUUUCGAAAGGCGCACGUCGGCUCGUGGACGGGAAAAUCAGCCACGUUCGAUUCGAAAGGAAACGUGAUUCCUAUUCAUGAAAAGUUCGUUCCCGAAGCUUUCAAAGAAUUUGGCGUUUCUAUUGACGAUUUUGAUGUGAAAACCGUCACAUCCGUGGACGUUUCAUCUGGAAAAGGUAUCGAUGCCGCAGGAUUGACGCACACGACGAGCUAUCUGUACCCGGAAGCUGGCUGCGAAUACGGGAAGGAAGACGUAGCUUUCGUAGAUCAAACAUCCAAAGGCGUGUGCGGCGGGAAUUCACAAUUGCGAAAAAUGUUUUUAGUCGAUGGAUCGUACUGCGAAGGACCAACGACUUUUGAUACCGCAAAAGAUGGCGCAUCGACGACAUCUGGGAAAGAUAGGAAAAAUAGUGAGAGUAGAAGUAAUAACGAAGACGAUGAAAACUGUUUAAGAUUUGAAUUUUGUUUUACGCGAGAAGAUGAAAGCUUUGACGUGAGUGAUCGCCGACAAAAUCCUUCCCCGGGACGAUUGCGAGCUCGAGUUCAAGUAGAAAGGGUACUAGUGCAGAAUGAUGGAGAUGUGAGCACAGAGAUGCUCGAGAAGAAGAUCGUUGUGAGCAAUCGCAAAUGGGUACUCCGUAACGUCGAAUUAAUCGAAGAAAGAAACGACGCUGCGUUGACGUCGACGGUUCGAGCUUCUAAAAACGACGCGCGCGAAGCGUUUGAAUCGCCGGCAACUGCAGUUAGAAUUGAAGGAGACGACAUUGGAGUUGGUGAAUGGAGACCAGAAUCGGGCGUUACUUUCGUCACCCUAGAAGCGCUCGCCGAAGUACCCGAAGACGAUGAAAAAAGCGAUGAUGCCAACGAGGAGGAAACAACCGUAGAUGAGCAUAACAUCAAAGAAGAUGGUGUUGCAACAGAAGAAGAAGGUCCGGCGAUGCGCGCCUGGCGCCAGAAGCCAGGAGACGAAGCUUUGCGACUAGCCAUGGUAGCAGAAAAGGAAGAAAUGACUGAACGCGCGAGAAAAGAUGUGAAUAAAUCCUUCAACGACGAUAUUUCAAACAGAAAGGGUCCCGAAGGACUAGUCGUAGUGCCUUGGUGGGCAGUGAAAUCGGAUUCGUCAUGGGCAUCGGCUCCUGAUUAUGCGGCUGGUGGUAGUUCGCCUUUAUUAUUAUUACCGAAACGUUCUUGGAUCUUGAUUGUGAGCGCAAACGAAGACGAAUUUAUAAUAGAAAUGGGCAUGUACACUCAAGACUCUGUGAAAUCUGAGCUGAGGCGAAAAGUCAUGGCGAGAAGAUACAAACACGGAAGGUUAGCAUCGUGUUAUUUUGUAACAGAACGGCAGCUUUCUCGAGAAGAAGUUGAAGAGGAGGAGAGAAGAAUAGACGAGGAGAUUGGUGCGUUCUAA